AUGUCGACAACAUGUAGUGAAGAUGACUUAGAGGAGAUUGACGAGGAGCCCAGUCACACAGAAGAUGAUUGUGAUGAUCACCAUCAAAUUGGACAGCAUCAGCGGCACGAUAAUCUUCUAAAUGAUAGCUAUGAUGAUAAGAGUGAUGAAGUCUCCUAUGAUGAAUAUGAUGAUGGCACUUCAACUACCAACAAUAAUAAUAAUUACAAUAACAACAACAGUCCCGAAAUUCAAACACCCGAAAGUGUCGACAGAGAUCAGGUAGAGGAAUUUGGCCACUCAUCGAUGUCUGUGGCCCAUCGUAUUAAUUUAGAUAAUUGCAAUGCCAACAACAACACUCAAUGGCAAUAUCCAUCGCCAACAAAUGCAAAUGCACAGCAACCCGACUUAUUAUCCCCCAAUGCUAAUACUGUCAUGCAUCAUCAUAAUAGUAGCAUGAAUCCGCCCCAUACCAUAAGCACCAAUAUUGUCCCAAUCACAACCAACAAUCCUGCUGCCACAUCCACGUCCGUGAAUAGCAAUAAUAUAGUUAUUACGACACAGCCCUUAUCAUCAUUUACCGGCACCACAAAUUGCAAUAAUACAGCCACACUUCCGACCAAUGCCACAGAUCCGGCCACCACCAACACACAGCAUCAGCAUAAUAAUUCCCCCAUACAGGACUUGCAGAAAAUUGAAAAUUUACAUAGCAAUUCCAAUUCAAAUUCCAAUUUAAAUUCUCCCCAAAUCCCUAAAACCAGCAAUGCAUUUAGUAGUUCCCCCAGUGGCGGCAAAGUGGCAUCCAGUGUCGGAGUGAAUGUGUUGUCGACAGUAUCGUCAAUGCCAUCAUCAGCAUCAUCUUCAAUAUCAUCAUCGUCAUCAUCGAAUGCGGCGUCCGGAACAACAACAGCAUCCAAUGAUAUGCAAACCCCACAAAAUCAGUUACAAAAUCAAAAUCAAAAUAUUUCCUCCAGUUUAGAGAUAAUCCUUUCACCAAUUAUACUAAGUAGUCGACGAGCACAAUCGUAGGUGAAAUGAGUACAGAAUUGUGAGAAUUAAUGAAUUUUAAUUUGCAACAACCGGCCCCACAAUUGGUACUUCCACCGCCUAAGCCGCCGCCCUUACUAAGGCCUCUUCAGCAGCAGCAGCAGCC